CACAGAGAAACCUGUCCUGUUAAACAACGUCGCAGAUGCUGAAGCCUUUGUCAGCGGUGCAGAAGUGGCAGUCAUUGGGUUCUUCCAGGUGUGUUCACAGCACCUCCCCUCUGCCAGCUGUGAGCUCUGUCGUCCGUCCCUGAUGAGAGCAUGAGGCUGGAUGUGGUGUAAACACCUGCCAAAGUCAGCUCUUGUCCCAAAAGGUGCUGGGCCUGUGACAGGAAUGUGGAGGGAUUUGGUGUUGGGUCACAGAGAGAACACGGAAUUUGGUCUGUGCAUGGAAAAGGAGAUGAAGCAAGGGAGGAAGAUGAAGGAGGUUGUAGAAGCCCUGGAGCAGGAGAGAAGGAAAUGCUGCAGGGGAAGUAACAAAGAAAUGUGCAUGGUAGAGGAACAGUGUUGGUGAGGGGUGAGUAGGAACAUCAGUUAUUUACUGUAGUCAGCAAAGACAGAGUAAGGCACUGCCUGUGUGGUAGGGGUGAGGAAGCCAAGUCUCAAGGAGAAGUGAUAGUGCAGGUCCGCUGAAGUCCAACAGGGUUUGGGCUCAGGCUGCAGCCUCUUCGUAGGGAGAAUGUAGGCAUGGUCUUUGUCUCACUUCUUUGUUCCCCAGAGCAGACAUCCUUGAGAUCUGUCUCUUUUUACUAAAUUCCACUGAAUUCAAAGGUGAGUGACAGAUUUGAGUCCUUUGCCUCCCCAAAUGGCAAGAGUCUUUUUCCUUAGAAAAUAGAAGGAAAAUAUUGAGCUACAGCACUGUAAAAUGGAGGCUUCUUUAACAGGAUCCUUAUUACUUUUAAGGUCCCCAAAUUGCAGCUUUCCCCGUGUUUUCUUUGAGCUCCGUUCUGCUCUGCUGCUGCCCACGCACUGCCUCAUGUCAGAGAGAAGGCUUCAGAGCUUUCAAAAUCAGCUCCUUCUGCAAGCACUUUCCUCCUUCUGCCCCGUGCCUGGGGCUGGAGGGUAGCCUAGGGAGGGCAUCAUGCUCUUGGAUUAGAGAGGCACCCCACAGCCCUCCAGAGUGAGGAGCGAUGGUGCUGCCUGUGCAGCGCGGGCAGCAACAAGUCUGGGAGCGCAGGAGGCUUAUGCCCCAGGGGCUUUGUAAGCACUGAUCACAGAGCACCAGCCGCCUCCAGCUCGGCGCCUGCAGGCAGCUGGAGCGCUGAAGCUGUGCAAAGCAGCCAGGCAAUCUGCACAGGCAGAAUGCAAGUGCCGAGACGCCUCCUUCCCCGAGGGUGGCUGGCUGGGCUUGUGGCAGAGCUGUACCCAGAGCCUCCUCCCGAGCUGCGGCAGGGACACGGCUCCUUUUGUCUUGUGCCACGGUCACCUCCCUCCGCAGGAUGGCAUUCUUCAGCGCCAGACAGGACUCUGAAAUCCCAGCUGCCGGCAGCACGAGGCAGCAGCCAGCGACAUCUCGGGCCUUCAGUGCCUGAGGCGCGACAGGCCUGCAUUCGAACGGACCCGCAGAGCCCCGAAGCGGACGUGUUUCGCCGGGCGGCCGGAGAGAUGCCGGAGGUGUCCUUCGGGCUCAGCAGCAGCGCCGCCGUCCUGUCGCACUACGGCGCCCCGGAGAACACCGUGGCGCUGUUCCGCAGGGUGGACAAUGACCGGCGGGAUCUGGACAUGAACAACAGAGAUGUUGAUGCCAAGAAGCUGACUCGCUUCGUUCGGAUGAACGAGCUCCGCCUGGUGACAGAGUACAACCCUGUGACAGCAAUAGGUGUGAUGCAGAGUUCCUUGCAGUUUAACCUCCUCCUGAUCACGGACAAGAUGUCUCCAAAGCACCCUGAGCGAAUGCGCAAGUUUCGGGCGGCGGCAGAGCUCUACAAGGGGAAGAUUCUCUUUAUCCUAUUAGACAGCAAUUUGAAGAGCAAUGAGCGAGUAUUGUCAUACUUCCAGCUGAAGAAGUCCCAGCUGCCAGCUCUGGCUAUAUUCCACACACCGGAUGAUGAGCAUGAUCUGUUGACUGUGGAUGACAUCUCCAUUGAGCAUGUACAGGACUUCUGUAAUCGUUUCCAACAGAGAAUGCAAAAGAAAGAAGACAAAUCUGAGGAGAAGCCCCUCAAUGAAGAACUCUGAUUCUCAGCCAAGAGGAUGACUGUAGCCAGUGUCUGUUUCUGGUGUAUGAAGAGUUCACUCUGCCCUGCAGCUCAGCACUUCCUGAGCCAAGUCAGUCAUGGAUUCCAAUCAUCAUUCUAUGUACAUACAUGCUGUCUAUCCUCUCCAGGAAUCUCUUAUCUCUUCUCAUUUGUUGGCUCCAGAUCUCUUUUUUUCAGUACUGCAGGACCUCUGGUAUUGCCCUAUAAUAUGUCUUUCUGUGCCACUCUGUUGAAGCAAAGGGUGGCUGCAACACCUUUGAUAUUAGUGAAAUAUCAAUAGUGAAAUGGCAAUAUCAGAGGCAAAGCUAGUAGUUCCCAGGGAUCUGUUUCCUUCAUUCUUUUGGGUUUUGGUGCCGUGCUGAGAUCCACUGUCAGCCCCUCCUGAUACUAAAAUAGAUGUGUUGCUUGAUAUCACAUGAAAUUUUCCAUUUAUUUUACUAAAUAAA